GUUUUUGUUUAUAUCUUUGCCUAGCUUGCAUUCACUGGAUCAACACAAACUGGCAAGAUUGUUCUUGAGCUGGCUACUAAAAGCAACCUCAAAUCAGUGACACUAGAGCUUGGGGGCAAGUCACCUAUGAUCAUAUUGGAUGAUGCCGAUAUUGACCAGGCUGUAGAGCUUGCACAUUUUGCAUUGUUCUUUAAUCAGGGCCAAUGUUGCUGCGCCGGCUCUCGGACAUUUGUACAUGAACGCGUAUAUGAUGAGUUUGUAGAGAAAGCCAAAGCACGCGCCUUGAAGCGUGUUGUUGGUGACCCUUUUAAAAAGGGUGUUGAACAAGGUCCUCAGAUCGAUGAAGAACAAUUCAAGAAGAUUCUGAAUUACAUCCAGUCUGGUAAGGAUAACGGGGCAACACUUGUAUCAGGUGGUGAUAGAAUAGGUGACAAAGGCUACUACAUUCAGCCUACUAUCUUCUCAAAUGUGAAGGAUGAAAUGGAGAUCGCGAGAGAAGAGAUCUUUGGACCUGUUCAAUCCAUUCUGAAGUUCAAUGAUCUUGAUGAGGUGAUUCGGAGAGCAAAUGCAACUCGGUACGGCCUCGCUGCUGGAGUUUUUACUAGCAAUCUAGAGAAAGCCAACACCCUAAUGCGCGCAUUGAGGGCUGGAACUGUAUGGAUCAACUGUUACGAUGUCUUCGAUGCUGCAAUUCCGUUUGGUGGCUUUAAGAUGAGCGGCCACGGGAGGGAGAAAGGUAUCGAUAGUCUUAAGAACUACCUGCAAGUUAAGGCUGUCGUGACACCAAUCAAGAAUCCUGCUUGGCUUUGAUCUCAUUUGCCUUUUGUUCUAUUGCUGUAGCUGUUUCCU